CUCAAAAUCAGGAGAAAGGGAACAGUUUUUCUCUGAAACAACAAAAGCUGCCACAGAAUAAAAAAGUUGAUAAAAAUAGACAUGCUAAGCUAACGUAUAACAUAGAAACAUUGUUUAAAAAGCACUUCACAAUUUCGGAGGCUAGUCAUGGACAAACACAGACGUAUACAUUACCCGAGUCCGAGUCUAUGUUUAAGGAACCGCCAUGGCGGCUGGAUAAUUUGCAAAUGCUGAAAGAUAGUCUAAACGAGAUGAAGAGUCGCCUUAACAAUUUCAAUCUGUGCGAAUGGCAGCAGCAUACAAACCAGAUGAACAAAGCGGGCGACAUCAUAAGCGCUGUGAAAAAGAACGUACAAGGAGAACUCGUGACUCAAGCCUGGUGUAAAUUCUACGAGAUCGCUUCUAACUUUUUCCUGGUUCCAUUGAACGAGAUUCGUCGCGAAGAAAACGGUAAUAAUUUCACCUCCGUGCAUCUGUGCGAAGCACCAGGCGCUUUUCUGACCGCCCUGAAUCACUGGUUGAAGACGAACGCGCCCGAUGUACGAUGGAAUUGGUUGGCCACCACGUUGAAUCCUUACUGCGAGGGAAAUUCGUACAACAGGAUGGUCGCUGAUGACAGAUUCAUCAGGCACACAUUGAAGCAUUGGUGCUUUGGCGCCGACAAUACGGGCGAUAUCAUGGAUCUUAGAAAUCUAGAUGUUUUGGUAGAGAGAUGCAAACUCCUUGAUGGAGGAAAACGAAUCCUUCUGAUCACCGCGGAUGGAAGUGUAGAUUGCACGGACGUGCCAGGAGAGCAAGAAAGCGCCGUAGCGCAAUUGCAUUUGUGUGAAACGGUAGCUUGUAUGCACCUCCUGCAAAAAGGUGGCAAUUUUCUUCUGAAGCUCUUUACCCUGUUUGAGCAUCAAUCCGUAUGCCUGAUGUAUCUGCUAUCCUGCGUCUUUCAAUGGGUUACCGUAACGAAGCCGGCGUCUAGUAAACCAGGAAAUUCGGAAAUGUAUGUCGUCUGUAUAAAUUUCAAAGGCAGAGAUUACGUAGCACCGUAUUUGAAUAUACUCAGGCAGCACUGCGGCAACGUGUUGCCUACAAAAGCGAUGUUUCAUCCGCGGGAUAUUCCGAGUAAUUUUCUGCGGAGACUCGGGGAGUGCAACGAAUUCUUCAAGCAUCAUCAAUGCCAAGUCAUAAAAGAUAACAUAAGCAUGUUUCGCGCGGAAAGAUACAACGAUAUCCUCUUCGAACUGAAACACGUCAAGCGGAUUGUCGCUAAUAAAUAUCUCAGGGAUUACAGAUUGAGUCAAAUAGAUUCUGCGAACGAGAUAGUUGGCCGGGAAAUAUUAGAGAAAAGCAACAGUAGUUUCAUGAAUAAAAAAUGGCGUGUCGAUUCUUACAACGAGCGUUGCAAGAAGCAAGAUUUAGAACCGAGAGAACAUUUAUCGCAGAUAUGUAACGAAGCGAGGGAGAUCGAAUCGCCAGCAGAAAAAUCUUAUACUUGGCAUUUACGGGCACCGGAAACUUUAGAGAUACAAACGGGAAGAUCGUUUAACAAAGUACGCAGCUCGCACUUUUGUGACUCGAAAAUUCAUCAGAUAUUAAACAAAAUCGACGAUAUAGUACGAGACACGCAAUCUACCAUAUGUUUCCCAACGGCAGAAAUUACAAGAGAGCAGACGCAGCAAAUUGAUCCAACUCACGAGAUAUUGAGCUUCCAAUUUGUUCGCGAUUACGAUAGUCAUCGGAUGAUCGCUGAAUUUUACGAUCGAUUAGAAAAGUUCCAGACCGGACAGACACUCGUUCUCGUCGGCUACUCUCUGCUAACGCAGUUGAACAUCGGUCUCUUACAUCUCCUGAGUGGUUUCUUCGAUAAAAUCAAUGUAGAGAUUUGUGAUAACGAAGGCUAUCGCAUAAAAUUGGAGACUUAUAGGCGUAAUGACAAAGUAUUGAAUGAUCUGCGCGAAAUACUCACCGCGUCGCAUAAUGCACGCAAAGAUAAUAUGACAAUUUGGUCGAUAAUACCCAUAACGAUUUUAUAUGGUAAGAUUUGCAAACAUAUAAAAACAAGAAAAAAU